AGGGGGCGGGCGGGGAGGCGGAGCCGCGCGGAACAGCCCCCGCCGCUUCUUCUCCUGCCUCUGUCGUCGUCGCCCUUCGUUGGGGAAGAAGGAGGAAGGGAGAGUGGCCCACCGGGGACCGGGAUUUUUCUUCAAUAGUGGAAAGAGAAGUUUUCUGAGCUGGAAUCCCUCAAAUAACUUUCCAGGAUGAAGGCAGCAGAUGAGCCUGCCUACCUGACAGUGGGAACUGAUGUCAGUGCCAAGUACCGGGGUGCCUUCUGCGAGGCAAAAAUUAAGAGUGUCAAAAGGCUGGUGAAAGUUAAGGUGACUUUAAAGCAAGAUAAUUCAACGCAGUUAGUGCAAGAUGACCAAGUGAAAGGACCUUUACGGGCUGGUGCAAUUGUUGAAACCAAGAUGCCUGAUGGAUCCUUUCAAGAGGCUGUCAUCAGUAAAUUGACAGAUGCCAGCUGGUAUACUGUUGUUUUUGAUGAUGGUGAUGAGAGGACGUUGCGGCGGACAUCGUUGUGUUUGAAAGGAGAGAGGCACUUUGCAGAAAGUGAGACCCUUGAUCAGCUGCCACUAACAAACCCUGAGCACUUUGGAACACCAGUCAUUGGGAAGAAAUCCAACCGAGGAAGGAGAUCCUCUCUUCCUGUUAAUGACGAUGAAAAAGAAGAAGAAAGUAGCGAAGAGGAGGAAGAUGAUAAGAGGCGCCUCAGCGAUGACUUGCUUGGUAAAGUUGUCAGCGUGACAUCCAGUUCUGAGGAGGUCGAGUGGUAUCCAGCUUUGGUCGUAUCUCCCAGCUGCAGUGAUGAUAUCUCAGUAAAAAAGGACCAGUGUUUAGUUCGAUCCUUUGCAGAUUCCAAAUUUUACUCAGUAGCAAGAAAGGACAUUGAGGAACUGGACGUCAAAAACAUUGCAAAACCUGAGUUAUCGUCUAGAAAAGGGGUACAAGAGGCAAACUGCUUCUCCAGCCUGAAAGUUAUACCCAUUAAUUGGAAGAUGGAUAUGCGGGAAAUUUUGGAAUCCUCCAGCAGUGAUGAAGAAGACGGAGAUAAUGCUGGAAGUGAAGAGGAAGAGGAUGAAAAAAAAGAACAAAAGGAGGAGGAAGUACCGCCUGAGGAAGAGCUUGAUCCUGAAGAGAGGGACAAUUUCCUCCAACAGCUUUACAAGUUUAUGGAAGACAGAGGUACUCCUAUCAAUAAGCCACCAGUUCUGGGCUAUAAGGAUCUUAACCUCUUCAAACUUUUCAGACUGGUAUAUCAGCAGGGAGGGUGUGACAAUAUUGAGAGUGGAGCUGUAUGGAAACAAAUUUAUAUGGACCUUGGCAUUCCUAUUUUGAACUCAGCUGCUUCUUACAAUGUAAAAACGGCUUAUAGAAAGUAUCUUUAUGGUUUUGAAGAAUACUGCCGAUCUGCAAACAUUCAGUUUAGAACCAUCCACCACAAUGAACCAAAAAUAAUACAAGUUGUACAGAAGCAAGAAGAACCAAUGGAGGAAAAUAUGAAAGAAGAGCCAGAAAUGUCCCCCGUGGAAGUCCAGAACGAGGUGGAAGAAAACGAUGGCAGCGGUGAAAGUGAAAAAGAAGACGUCGAGCAGAUAUCUCCAAGGGGACGCCGAAGACUCGUCCGUGAUGUUACUGUGGCAAAAAAGGAAAGCGAAGAUGAGAAAACGCAGGACAAAUUAAAAGACAGCAACAAGGAGAACAACGUCAAUGAGGAAAUGUCCAAUAACAAUAAUGUAGAAAAAAGGGAAAACGAGAUGAUGCUUGGAGGCAAAAAGGCCACACCAAAGCAAAAGGAAAAGAAAACAAAGCCGGAAGAGGAAUCUGACGGAGACUCCGAAGAUGAAGAGGAGAGGAGGGAAGAGCUUGAAAACCAGGGAGAAUCGGAAGGAGAGGAGGGCGAGGACGACUCGGAGCCUUGCCUCACGGGAACCAAAGUCAAAGUAAAAUACGGCCGUGGGAAAACCCAGAAGAUUUACGAAGCCAGUAUUAAAAGUACAGAAAAUGAUGACGGAGAGGUGUUGUAUUUGGUACAUUACUACGGCUGGAAUGUAAGGUAUGAUGAGUGGGUGAAAGCCGAUCGGAUUAUUUGGCCAGCAGAGAAAGGAGGAUCAAAGAAGAAACAAAAGAAAAAAGCAAAAAGCAAAGAAGAAUGUGAAAAAGAUGAAAAGAAAGAAGAGGAGAAACAAAAGGCAAAGCGUGGCCGCCCUCCUCUGAAGUCCACUCUUCUGUCCAACCUGGCUUCCUGUUUAGCCAAAUCUGCAAAUCGUGAAAGCCAGCCAGGUGUCCGAAGUGCGCGGAGCAGCCUCCCAGAGGGCUCACCUUUACCUAAUGGAACAGAAGGACUGUCUCGUCGGCAAACAAGACGAAGCUCAGGAAUGUUGGAUUCUGAUAGAGGCUCAAAUGACUCCAUUUCGUCUGACAGCGAUGCAGAUGAACCUUCCGAAAAGAAUACGAAUGAAGAGUUUUCCCCAGCUAGUUCUGAACCCGAAAAGGAUGAGAAACAAAUUGUUGACAAAUCCGACGAAGAGAUCCCAAAGAUCAUGCAGGUGCUCAAAGAGAAUGACAGGAAUCAGGUCUACUCUCUAGAAACAUUGAAACUAGAAGUGGAGGAGCAUGAACAAGUGGUUCAGAUUUUUGUAAACAAAAGCGAUCAAGUUGAGGACAUCAAGAGAGAGAUGGAGAAAUCGCCUAAAGGGAAAGGGCGAAGGAGCAGAACGAGGGAGUCUUCCUUAGAGAACGUAAAGAUUGUACAGCUAAACCAAGAAGAGCCAAGCGAACAUCUGGUUGAAUGUGAAAGAUUAGAUACUUCUGCCUUGGACAGUAGUAAGUGUUUGAGCACCACUUGUGAGAACGAAACAGAUGCGUGUUCAAAAGAGAAGAAGCUUAUGAAAAGGAAAACAACGGAACAGUUGUCUCCUGACAAACGGCUGCGAGUGGAGAAUGAAAUGGAAGUGCCAAAUAUUGUGACGGAGGAGAGGACAAGUGAAUGUUCUGGGACAAAAGAAUGUAAGGAUUUCAGUGCUGAUGAGUCCCUCAGGAAUGAGAACGAGGAGAUGCCCUCCUUGGUGGCAGAGUUGGACCAACGCCUUCAGGAUCAAGGGAGCGAGCAUUUCGAUGGAUCUUCUGAGGAAAACCAGAGCAUCCCGCUGAAGGAUGAGGAUGACUGCAUGCCCCAAAUUGGGCCCGAAACUCUCCUUUGCCAUGAAGUAGACUUGGAUGACCUUGAUGAGAAGGACAAGUGUGGGCCUGAGAACUCUAUAGCAGAAAAACAUGACACCAGUAAUCCCACUUCCAGUCUCUCUGCCUUACCUCCUGUGGUCCAGCCAAACUUCUCUGUUGCCUCACCUCUCACUCUCAGUCAGGACGAAUCGCGGAGCAUAAAGAGCGAAAGCGACAUCACCAUAGAAGUGGACAGUGUGGCAGAAGAGUCUCAGGAAGGCCUGUGUGAGAGUGAGUCCGCGAACGGGUUUGACGCCUGCACCACUUCAAGCAAUUGUAGCGUAGCCAUCCGAGAAAGGGAGGUCGGAGAGAAAGGUCAAAAAAGGCCUUGCGAGAAUAGUAGCAGCUCAUUGGCAAAGAAGCAAAAGCGCACCCCAAAACGAGCAAGCACUGUAGCCAAAAACGAAAAGAAUGGGGCAGGGCAAAGCAGUGACAGUGAAGAUCUUUGUGCCCUGGACAACUCCACCAGCAAAUGUACUCCUGUGAAGCACCUUGCUGUAUCGAAGCCUCAAAAGCUCGCUCGGUCCCCUGCGCGGGUGAUCUCUCCACAUAUCAAAGAUGGAGAGAAGGACAAACAGAGGGAGAAGAACCAUCAGAAUGUUUCUCCAAGAGUGUAUAAGUGGAGCUUCCAACUCAAUGAAUUGGACAACAUGAACAGCACAGAGAGGAUUUCCUUUCUGCAAGAUAAACUGCAGGAAAUCAGGAAGUAUUACAUGUCCCUGAAGUCUGAAGUUGCCACCAUAGACAGGAGAAGAAAGCGAUUGAAAAAGAAAGACCGAGAAGUGUCCCACACUGGAGCUUCCAUGUCUUCUGCCUCUUCGGACACCGGGAUGAGCCCUUCGUCUUCCUCUCCUCCCCAGAACGUCCUUGCCGUUGAAUGCAGGUGAUACCGGUCUUCCCUGCCUUGUGCAGCGUGUGGCUGUCAUGGACAGAAAUCAUGAAAUACCAUAGAAAAGCACUCAGCUGGUUUGACAUUGCCAAGUAUAUUCUGUAUACUCUUCCACUGCUGGACUGUGUCUGUCUCUCCUCCUCUCUGUGCCCCUCUGUUUUGUCAUUGUAGAAUUUUUUUUUAAAAAAAGAGAAACCUUUUAUUAUGGAGAUGAAUUAAGCUAUUUGGCAAUGGAAAGUGUAUGGGUGCACUGAGACAGCUCUGUCUUUGUGCUUUUUAAGGUCCUCCCCCACUCUUGAAACCAGUAAAAGGGCACUUAGUAUAAUUUGGAAACACAAAUAUCCCAUUUAGCAUUUGGGUGUGUUUACGAGGAAGUUUGGACAAGAGCAAGCGAACCAAAUUGACAUCAGAAUACGGCUCAUCUGAAAAUAGCUACUGCUGCACUUUCUUCACCAAGCUGUAUCUUAAUCCUGAGUGAGAGCCCCAUUUUUUUCCAAUUAUUUUGUGUUUUUUUAUUAUUAUUUUUGAAGAAGCACUUGCGAUGCAGACCUGCCAAAGUAUGUAUUCAGCAACGUGCCCAGUUUUAAAAUGGCAUACAUCGGACAAAAUAAAUUGUGAAAGGAAGUGUAGUUGACUGGAAACUACCAUUGUAAUGAGUCUUCCACUUUUUAUAGGAUUUUUUGAGCACAUGAUUAUGCAAAAUAUUUUAAUGUUUAAUGUUUACAGUGGAAUUGUGAAUAGGUUUUCAGUGGACUAUCUUAUCCCUUGACAAAUGUAUUUUGUCUCUUUUUCUAUGUAAUUUCAGAGUUUUUAUUUUGUUACAAAAAAGGCAAAAAAGUAAAAUAUAUAGCAAUGAAGUUAUUUAACAAGAUUUCUAAAGCGGAAUUUUUUUGUGUAAAAUAAGGUAUCUUGCGACUUGUUAAAUAUAUUUAUUCAGACAUUGGAUGUUGUAUUUUUAUGUAUUUUUUAAGAAAAAAACAAAUAAAACCGGGAAGAAAAAGUCUGUUAGGUUCACUCUUUCAAUAAAAUAUUACCUGCCACUUCAAAAACAAAUCCAUAUAUAGGUGGCUUUGUGUACUAGCCAUACCUGUAUAUGAAGUGGUUUUGUCUGUUCAACUUUCCACAGUGUAAAACUGUAUAAUCUGGCAUCUGGAUUAAACUAUAAUCUGUCUUGAAA